AUGUCUGGUAGGAACUUGCGGUGGGAGAGCUUGGGGAUCUUUCUCGCUGCGGCAAGUCGGGCAGCCCUAGACACCUCUUCGUUUGCUCCGCUCUACAACAGCGACGAGGGGAGGCGAGGGCUGAUCAAAGCUCUGACAUACAUUGGAGACUGCUGCUUGGAGACGUGCCUUGCCCUGGACUGUCUCAACGAUCUGCAGCUCGUCCUGCAGUAUGAGAACCUCAUCGUCCACUCUCAGGUUGACGGCGACCAGAGCUACCACUCAUGGCGGCGCAUGGGCGACGUUGCUAGCUCGCUGUUUGCCCUUGGGUAUCAUGAAAAGAUUGAUGAAGACACUUCUGACAUCCCGCUGUUCGUUGCCGAGCUGCGGAGAUCUUGCUUUGCCCGCAUCUACGCAGCCGACAAGAGCCUGGCCAUCUUCCUUGGACGACCCCCGCGUAUCAUGAAGGAAUUUUGCUACUUCCAGCUGCCCACUAAGUUUACGAGCCUCUGGGAAAACGAUGGUGGCAAUGGGAAGUCGAACAACGCCCCCUUAUCGUCUCCCAUGGUGACAGGCGUAGACGGUGAGAUGUGUAACAAUGAACAGGUCUUGAACUACACUUCCGACACGUUUUGCUCUGCCCUCUUUGCGGUCAUCAAGGAGGAGAUACUCCAGCUAUUCCGCAAGCGCCAUGUUUCCAGCGAGACGAGUAUCAUCAGCCGGCGCUGCAGCGAGCUUCGUCUGAAAAUCGACCGACAAUGGCAAGACUUGCCUCCCCAUUACCGCCUCACCACCAGCCUGAAAGAUUGCCCACUCGGGCCUUUUGCACGAGACUUCCUCGCCGGAGCUCGUCUGGAAUAUCUUCAUACGCACUUUCUCCUCGGUUUUCUAUCCCAGCGCAAAGUGGCCGAACCCGAUGAAGCAUUGUUGAGGACUGCGAGCGAAAUGCUCUCCAUUGUGGUUGAGACGAUCAUCCUGCGGGAUCGAAUGGCAAAUUCGGGAACGUGCCUCAUCUGGAAGGUGGCUCAAUACGGACUGCCAGCCGCGGGUAUCAUCUCCCUGGCCCUUCUCAACUCGACAGCCCCCGACUCACGGCAAUUCUCCCGUUCCAAAAUGAUUCAAGCCCUCAGCGUCCUCGUUGCUGAAAUCACCAUCGGAUCGUGGAUCCAGCCUGGCGAGCCCAACUUUGCGCUCUUCUCGCAGGCAACAAGGACGAUCCAGAGCUUGCUUGACUCGCUCACAGCGUUGAAGGUGCCCUCGGGGCCCAAUGACUCCCAGCAGCUUCUCGGUUCCGAAGUCGCCGAUAACUGGGAUCCAUACAUCAAUUCGCAGUCUUGGGAGCUUGAAAUGGACUUCUGGGCUAGCUUGGCCGAGCAUCCAACUCUGGCGAACUGA